GCCUGCGGCCCGGGCCACGGGUGCUGCAUGUGCUGACCCUGGCUGGCACACUGCCGGUCCUCACUUGCUGCGUGGAAUUGUUCCUGCAAGUUAUUUUGGAGCCCAUGCAGACCAGCACUGGUCAUGCACUGGUGCCUGUGAGCGAGUGGCCUGCCAGCAGAUGCCCCAGACUGGCUUGCGAUACUAGCUGCGACUGAGAGACAGUCUGUCAGCUAAAGCUGCCGACUUGCCGCCAUGUCAGGAUCCACGCAGCCUGUGGCCCAGACGUGGCGUGCUACUGAAACCCGCUACCCACCCCAUGGCAUCUCUUACCCCGUGCAGAUUGCCCGACCCCACACGGACGUGGGGUUACUUGAGUACCAGCACCACCCUCGUGACUAUGCCUCACACCUGUCACCUGGCUCCAUCAUCCAGCCACAGAGGCGGCGGCCCUCGCUGCUGUCGGAGUUCCAGCCCGGGAAUGAACGGUCCCAGGAGCUCCACCUGCGCCCUGAGUCCCGCUCCUUCCUGCCUGAGCUGGGCAAGCCAGACAUGGAGUUUACUGAGAGCAAGCGCCCGCGCCUGGAGCUGCUGCCCGACACCUUACUGCGGCCAUCACCACUACUGGCUGCAGGACAGCCCAGUGGGUCUGAGGACCUCACCAAGGAGCGCAGCCUGGCUGGCAAGCUGGAGCCUGUGUCCCCUCCCAGCCCUCCUCACACCGAUUCUGAGCUGGAGCUGGCGCCCCCACGGCUGUCCAAGGAGGAGCUGAUCCAGAGCAUGGACCGCGUGGACCGCGAGAUCACCAUGGUUGAGCAGCAGAUCUCCAAGCUGAAGAAGAAGCAGCAACAGCUGGAGGAGGAGGCUGCCAAGCCCCCGGAGCCCGAGAAGCCUGUGUCGCCGCCGCCCAUCGAGUCCAAGCACCGCAGCCUUGUCCAGAUCAUCUAUGACGAGAAUCGGAAGAAGGCUGAGGCUGCACAUCGGAUCCUGGAAGGCCUGGGGCCCCAGGUGGAGCUGCCGCUGUACAACCAGCCAUCUGACACGCGCCAAUACCAUGAGAACAUCAAAAUAAACCAGGCCAUGCGCAAGAAGCUGAUUCUGUACUUCAAGCGAAGGAACCACGCACGGAAGCAAUGGGAGCAGCGCUUCUGCCAGCGCUAUGACCAGCUCAUGGAGGCCUGGGAGAAGAAAGUUGAGCGCAUUGAGAACAACCCGCGGCGGAGGGCCAAGGAGAGCAAAGUGCGCGAGUACUACGAGAAGCAGUUUCCCGAGAUCCGCAAACAGCGCGAGCUGCAGGAGCGCAUGCAGAGCAGGGUGGGCCAGCGCGGCAGCGGGCUUUCCAUGUCGGCCGCUCGUAGUGAGCACGAGGUGUCUGAGAUCAUCGAUGGCCUGUCUGAGCAGGAGAACCUGGAGAAACAGAUGAGGCAGUUGGCCGUGAUCCCACCCAUGUUGUAUGAUGCAGACCAGCAGAGAAUCAAGUUCAUCAACAUGAAUGGGCUCAUGGACGACCCCAUGAAGGUGUACAAGGAUCGCCAGGUCACCAACAUGUGGAGCGAGCAGGAGAAGGACACCUUUCGUGAGAAGUUCAUGCAGCACCCCAAGAACUUUGGCCUAAUUGCCUCAUUCCUGGAGAGAAAGACGGUGGCUGAGUGUGUCCUCUAUUACUACCUAACCAAGAAGAAUGAGAACUACAAGAGUCUGGUGAGGCGGAGCUACCGACGUCGGGGCAAGAGCCAGCAGCAGCAGCAGCAACAGCAGCAGCAACAACAGCAGCAGCAGCAGCAACAGCAGCAGCAGCAGCAUAUGGCGAGGAGCAGCCAGGAGGAGAAGGAAGAGAAGGAAAAGGAGAAGGAGAAGGAGACCGACAAGGAGGAGGAGAAACCAGACCUGGACAAUGACAAGGAAGAGCUCAGCAAGGAAAAGACCGAUGACACGUCUGGAGAGGACAAUGAUGAGAAGGAGGCAGUCGCCUCCAAAGGCCGCAAAACCGCCAACAGCCAGGGCCGGCGCAAAGGCCGUAUCACUCGUUCCAUGGCCAAUGAGGCCAGCAAUGAGGAGGCCACCACGCCACAGCAGAGCACUGAGCUGGCCUCUAUGGAGAUGAAUGAGAGCUCCCGCUGGACUGAGGAGGAGAUGGAGACAGCCAAGAAAGGUCUCCUGGAGCAUGGCAGGAACUGGUCAGCCAUCGCCCGCAUGGUGGGCUCCAAGACAGUGUCACAGUGUAAGAACUUUUACUUCAACUACAAGAAGAGGCAGAACCUGGAUGAGAUCCUUCAGCAGCACAAGGUGAAGAUGGAGAAGGAGAGAAAUGCACGGAGGAAGAAGAAAAAGGCCCCUGCUGCAGCCAGUUUGGAGACAGCUUUUCCGCCCGCAGCAGAGGACGAGGAGAUGGAGGCCUCCGGUGCGAGCGCCAACGAGGAGGAGCUGGCUGAGGAAGCGGAAGCCUUACCUGCCUCUGGAAAUGAAGUGCCCAGAGGGGAGUCCAGUGGCCCAGCCACUGUUAACAACAGCUCUGACACGGAGAGUAUCCCAUCCCCGGGCACAGAGGCGACCAAGGACACUGGGCAGAAUGGGCCCAAGCCUGUGAGCACUGAGGGGCCGCCUGCCACUGAGCCACCUACCCCUCCACCAGAGGACCCUGUAGCUCCUGCUGAGCCUGGUCCAGUCCCGGAGACCAGUGGACCACCAUCCCCUCCAGCUCCCCCAUCACCUGUACCCCUUCCUAUGGUCCCCAAGGAGGAGCAGGAAGAGGAGGCAGCCACGAUGCCCCAGACAGAAGACACAGAGGAGAAGAAGCCUGUGGCUGGGGAGCUGGUGCUGGACACAGGGAAGACAGAGGAGCCCGAGGCUCCUGAGGAGCCCCCCAGAAGUGUCAAGAGCGAGUGCAAGGAGGAGGCCGAGGAGGAGGCCACUGACAAGACCAAGGGCACUGAGGCCACGGAGACCAUGCCUGAAGGGCCACUCAAGGUGGAGAAGAAGGAGAACGGGAGCAGCAAGACCCCUGUGGCUAAGGGCUCGGGCUCAGGAGCCCCCCAGGACAGCGACUCCAGUGCCACUUGUAGCGCGGAUGAAGUCGAUGAGCCUGAGGGAGGCGAUAAGGGCAGACUGCUGUCGCCAAGGCCCAGCCUUCUCACCCCAGCCAGCGACUCCAGGGCCAGCGCCUCACCUCAGAAGCCACUGGACCUGAAGCAGCUGAAGCAGCGGGCAGCUGCCAUCCCCCCCAUCCAGGUCACCAAAGUUCAUGAAGCCCCCCGAGAGGACACAGCGUCCUCAAAGUCAGCACCCCCUGCUCCACCACCCACACAGCACCUGCAGCCAGAAAGUGACUCGUCCCAGCAGCCCAGCAGCAGUCCUCGAGGCAAGAGCAGGAGUCCAGUGCCACCCACUGACAAGGAGGCAGAGAAGCCCGCAUUCUUGCCAGCUUUUGGAGCUGAGGGCCCAAAGCUGCCCUCUGAGCCCCCACGCUGGACAUCGGGUCUUCCAUUCACUGUGCCCCCUCGGGAGGUGAUCAAGGCCUCCCCACAUGCCCCAGACCCCUCGGCCUUCUCCUAUGCACCCCCUGGUCACCCACUGCCCCUGGGUCUCCACGACAGUGCCCGACCUGUUCUGCCCCGCCCCCCCAUCUCCAACCCACCACCCCUCAUCUCCUCGGCCAAGCACCCAGGUGUCCUUGAGAGGCAGCUAGGCACCAUCUCCCAGGGCAUGUCGGUGCAGCUGCGUGUGCCAUACUCAGAGCAUGCCAAGGCCCCAGUGGGCCCCCUCACCAUGGGGCUGCCUCUUGCUGUGGACCCCAAAAAGCUGGCACCCUUUAGCGGAGUGAAGCAGGAGCAGCUAUCUCCACGGGGACAGGCCGGGCCACCUGAGAGUCUGGGAGUGCCCACUGCCCAGGAGACAUCCGUGCUAAGAGGGACUGCAUUGGGCUCCAGCACCAGUGGGAGCAUCACCAAGGGCCUGCCCAGCACCCGACUGCCUGCAGAUGGUCCCAGCUACCGUGGUUCCAUUACCCACGGCACGCCAGCUGACGUCCUCUACAAGGGCACCAUCAGCAGGAUUGUUGGUGAGGACAGCCCAAGUCGCCUGGACCGGGCCCGGGAGGAUGCUCUGCCCAAAGGCCACGUCAUCUACGAGGGGAAGAAGGGCCACGUCUUAUCCUAUGAGGGUGGCAUGUCUGUGUCCCAGUGCUCCAAGGAAGAUGGCAGGAACAGCUCAGGCACACCCCAUGAGACAACAGCCCCCAAACGUACCUAUGACAUGAUGGAGGGCCGCGUUGGCAGGGCUAUCUCCUCGGCCAGCAUUGAAGGGCUCAUGGGCCGUGCCAUCCCGGAGCAGCCCAGCCCACACCACCUCAAGGAGCAGCACCACAUCCGUGGCUCUAUCACACAAGGGAUCCCGAGGUCCUAUGUGGAGGCCCAGGAGGACUACCUGCGUCGGGAGGCCAAGCUCCUGAAGCGGGAGGGCACGCCACCACCCCCUCCACCCCCAAGGGACCUAGCAGAGGCCUAUAAGACCCGGCCCCUGGAGACCCUGGGUCCCUUGAAGCUGAAGCCAGCCCACGAGGGCCUGGUUGCAACUGUGAAGGAGGCAGGCCGCUCCAUCCAUGAGAUCCCACGCGAGGAGCUGCGCCGGACACCCGAGGUGCCCCUGGCCCCACGGCCACUCAAGGAGGGUUCCAUCACCCAGGGAACCCCGCUCAAGUAUGACUCCAGUGCACCCACCUCCAGUGCCAAGAAGCACGACGUUCGCUCCAUCAUUGGCAGUCCAGGCCGGCCCUUCCCUCCUGUGCACCCACUGGAUGUGAUGGCUGAUGCCCGGGCACUGGAGCGCGCCUGCUACGAAGAGAGCCUGAAGACCCGGCCAGGGGCCACCAGUGGCACAGGGGGCUCCAUCACCCGCGGCGCCCCAGUUGUCUUGCCUGAGCUAGGCAAGCCGCGGCAGAGCCCCCUGGCCUACGAGGAUCACAGUGCGCCCUUCACUGGCCACCUGCCACGUGGCUCGCCUGUGACCACGCGGGAGCCUACACCACGCCUGCAAGAGGGCAAUCUCUUGUCCAGCAAGGCAUCCCAGGACCGCAAACUGACAUCAACACCCCGUGAGAUCGCCAAGUCUCCACACAGCACCGUACCUGAGCACCACCCACACACCAUCUCCCCCUAUGAGCAUCUGCUCCGGGGUGUGAGUGGUGUGGACUUAUACCGUGGCCACAUCCCUCUGGCCUUUGACCCCACCUCCAUACCCCGUGGGAUCCCUCUGGAUGCAGCAGCCGCAGCCGCCUACUACAUACCCCGGCACCUGGCCCCCAACCCUACCUACCCGCACCUGUACCCACCUUACCUCAUCCGUGGCUACCCUGACGCAGCAGCCUUGGAGAACCGGCAGACCAUUAUCAAUGACUACAUCACCUCGCAGCAGAUGCAUAGUGCCGCUUCAGCCAUGGCCCAGCGUGCUGACAUGCUGAGGGGCCUGUCACCGCGUGAGUCCUCGCUGGCCCUCAACUAUGCUACUGGCCCACGAGGCAUCAUCGACCUGUCCCAAGUGCCGCAUCUGCCUGUGUUGGUGCCCCCAACGCCAGGAACCCCUGCCACUGCCAUUGACCGCCUUGCCUACCUCCCCACCGCGCCCCCACCUUUCAGCAGCCGCCAUAGUAGCUCCCCACUCUCUCCAGGAGGCCCUACUCACCUGAGUAAGUCAACCACCUCAUCCUCCUCGGAUCGUGAGCGGGAACGUGAGCGAGAACGAGACAAGUCCAUCCUCACAUCCACUACGACGGUAGAGCAUGCACCCAUCUGGAGACCUGGUACGGAGCAGAGCAGCGGGACUGGGGGCAGCAGCAGCAGCCGCCCCUCUUCCCACGCCCACCAGCACUCGCCUAUCUCCCCCCGGACCCAAGAUUCCCUGCAGCAAAGACCCAGCGUGCUGCACAACACGGGCAUGAAGGGCGUUGUCACCGCCGUGGAGCCCGGCACGCCCACGGUCCUGAGGUGGGCCAGAUCCACCUCCACCUCCUCACCUGUUCGCCCAGCCGCCACAUUCCCACCCGCGACCCACUGCCCGUUGGGUACCACCCUCGAUGGGGUCUACCCUACCCUCAUAGAACCCGUCUUGCUAUCCAAGGAAACCUCUCGUGUCUCCCGGCCCGAGAGACCCCGUGUGGACACUGGCCAUGCCUUCCUUGCCAAGCCCCCAGCCCGGGAGCCUGCCUCCUCACCCAGCAAGAACUCUGAGCCCCGUUCCCUAGCACCCCCCAGCUCCAGCCACGCUGCUAUCACCCGUACCCCAGCAAAGAGCCUCACACCCCACCACGCCAGCCCGGACCCACCGGCACCUGCCUCAGCCUCCGACCUCCACCGGGAAAAGACUCAAAGUAAACCCUUUUCCAUCCAGGAGCUGGAGCUCCGUUCUCUGGGUAAGACCACCCUGACAGCGGCCACGUUCAUAGACGCGAUUAUCACGCGUCAAAUUGCUCACGAAAGGGGGCCGCGAGAAGGAGGUUCGCUGGCCAACGACUCCCCUCGCGACGGUUACCACAGUGGAGCUGGAUACAGUCCCGAUGGGGUGGAGCCCGUCAGCCCCGUGAGCUCGCCCAGCCUGUCCCAGGACAAGGGGCUCCCCAAGCACCUGGAGGAGCUAGACGAGAGCCACCUGGAGGGGGAGCUGAGGCACAAGCAGCCAGGCCCCAUGAAGCUGAGUGCAGAGGCUGCCCACCUCCCUCACUUGCGGCCACUGCCUGAGAGCCAGACGUCAUCCAGUUCACUGCUCCAGACUGCCCCAGGAGUCAAGGGUCACCAGCGGGUGGUCACCUUGGCUCAGCACAUCAGUGAGGUCAUCACACAGGACUACACGCGCCACCACCCACAACAGCUCAGUGGCCCCCUGCCUGCCCCACUCUACUCCUUCCCUGGAGCCAGCUGCCCUGUCCUGGAUCUCCGACGCCCACCCAGUGACCUCUACCUCCCGCCCCCUGAUCAUGGUGCCCCAGCUCGCGGCUCCCCCCAUAGUGAAGGGGGCAAGAGGUCCCCAGAGCCAAGCAAAACAUCAGUCCUGAGCAACAGUGAGGAUGGUAUUGAACCUGUGUCCCCACCAGAGGGCAUGACUGAGCCAGGGCAUCCCAGGAGUGCUGUGUAUCCACUGCUGUACCGGGAUGGGGAUCCAGUGGAGCCCAGGAUGGGAUCCAAGUCUCCAGGCAGCACCAGCCAGCCGCCCGCAUUCUUCAGCAAGCUGACAGAGAGCAAUUCCGCCAUGGUCAAGUCUAAGAAACAGGAGAUCAACAAGAAGCUCAGCACUCAUAACCGGAACGAGCCAGAAUAUAAUAUCGGCCAGCCUGGGACGGAAAUCUUCAAUAUGCCCGCCAUCACUGGUGCAGGCCUUAUGACCUGUAGAAGCCAGGCGGUGCAAGAACACGCCAGCACCAACAUGGGGCUUGAGGCCAUUAUUAGAAAGGCACUCAUGGGUAAAUAUGACCAUUGGGAAGAGCCCCCGCCGCUCGGCGCCAAUGCUUUUAACCCUCUGAAUGCCAGUGCCAGCCUGCCCGCUGCCGCUAUGCCCAUAACUGCUGCUGACGGACGGAGUGACCACGCGCUCACCUCGCCAGGUGGUGGUGGGAAGGCCAAGGUCUCUGGCAGACCCAGCAGCCGAAAAGCCAAGUCUCCAGCCCCAGGCCUGGCAUCUGGGGACCGGCCGCCCUCUGUCUCCUCGGUGCACUCAGAGGGAGACUGCAACCGCCGGACGCCACUCACCAACCGUGUGUGGGAGGACCGGCCCUCAUCUGCAGGGUCCACGCCAUUCCCUUACAACCCUCUGAUUAUGCGGCUGCAGGCCGGAGUCAUGGCCUCCCCACCCCCACCUGGUCUCACUCCAGGCAGCGGGUCCCUCGCUGGCCCCCACCACGCCUGGGAUGAGGAGCCCAAGCCACUGCUGUGCUCACAGUAUGAAACACUCUCCGACAGCGAGUGACUCCCAAUGGGGCAGGGGGUGGUGCCAAGUCCCUGCAGGAGAUAGGAGCACCCUGUGUGGAGCAGGCGGCUACUGACUCCCCCCCAGUGAGGAAGGAGCCCCUGAGUCUACCUGCGUGUCCAUCCAUCCGUCCGCCCGUCUGUCCAUCCACAGCUGGCUCCUGCCUGUCUAAAGCCUUAACUAAGACUCCCGCCCCGGGCUGGCCCUGCGCAGGGACCUUACUCAGGGGAUGUUUACCUGGUGCUUGGAGGGGAGGGGAGGGAGGGAAGGGGAGGGCAGCGUGCCUGGAGGGGGCACAGAGAAUGUGUGGCACUUACACACAUGGCCGGGGCGGCCAGGGACCCAAAACAAGACUACCAGGCACCUCCAUGCCACCGCCUCGCCCCUUAAUGCAUUUGGAACCAAAGUCUAAACUAAGCUCGCAGUCCCCACCCUUCCUCCGCCUCCCAGCCUGCUUUGCGCUCUGGACAGACCCCAGCGCUCUCGUCACCGUCCCCACAGGCUGCCCCAUCUGGUAAGACCUGGAGCUCACCAGACCAGGUGGGCUGAGGAGGGGCUGGGUGUGGCCUGGGACGAAGAUGUUCCAAGGAACUGGACUGUCUCCUGAGUCGUUGCCAUAGUGACGGGGAGGGAAGACAGAUGUAAAUGAUGUAUUGGUUUACAGGGUAUAUUUUUGAUACCUGCAAUGAGUUAAUUCAGACGUUUCACACAAGGAAGGACUUCCCCAGUAUUACUGCUGCCGUGCUUGGAUCUCUGCUUACUGUUCCAUAGGUGUGUGCCAGCCGAGUGGGUGGCCCCAUCACAUGCAGGACUGAGGGGCAGGGAUCACCAGCUCACAGCCUUCCAUGUCCUCCCUCCCCUCCUUCCUUGGGCAAAUGAGUUGGAUGCAUAUUCUGUGGCCACCACCUGCACAGAGUGGCGGCCUUCUGUCAUUCACAAACGUGGUUCCAAUUAAAAAGUGAAUUAUACUCUA